AUGAUGAUGAAAUUGGAUGGAAACUACAUUCUGAAAAUAGUGUUUGUGAGAAGACGAGAACGAGUUGGACUGACUUCAAAAAAAACGUGUAAGAAUAUAGAAUUAACAAAACGAACAAACGGAGAAGCAACAACAACACCUACAACGACGACACCUACAACGACAGCACCAACAAACCCGGAGAAUAAUUUUAAGGAAACAACGAGUGAUCCAUCUAAACCGAACCAACCUCGUUCUUUAAGUUUUCAAAAAACAACGUUUGGUAAAGAUCCGAAACAAAGAUCGUUUAACCCAACAUGGUUUGACAAGUUCCUCUGGUUACAUUACGGCCAAAAUAAAGACGCUGCUUUCUGCUUUACUUGUCUCAGUGCUCUUAGAAAGAGCAUGAUUUCUGCAACAAAAGCAGAGACAGUUUUUACUGAAACCGGCUACCGAAAUUGGAAAAAGGCGAUUGAAUCUGGAAGAGGAUUUUCUAAACACGAAUGUAGCGACUCCCAUAAAGAAGCCACUGAAAGACUGAUUACUGCGCCAGGUACAUCAAAGGACAUUGGUGAAAUGAUGGUAGAUAAUCUUGCAGCCACAAAGGAAAGGAAUAGACGAAUGCUGUUAAAACUGUUGCAAAGCGUUCGAUAUCUAGGGCGACAAUCACUUCCGUUUAGAGGCAAUUGGGAUGAGGAAACACACAGCGAGUUGAAUUCGAACUUCCACCAGUUACUUUUACUCCGAUGUAAAGAUGAUAAGGAACUGAGUGCAUGGCUUGCAAAAAAGCAAAACUACACGUCACCGGCUAUUCAAAACGAAAUGCUGCGAAUCGAAGCACUUAGUAUUUUGCGUGACAUUGCAAAAAAUAUUCAGUCAGCUGAGAUUUUCACAAUCCUUGCAGAUGAAACAGGGGAUGUCUCAAAUACGGAACAACUUGUCAUUUGCAUUCGGCGGGUUGAUGAUGAAUUACAGGCUCACGAGGAGUUCAUUGGCCUCCAUCCACUACCUGAUACUAGUGCUGACCAAAUCGUUUUUUUAAUCAAAGAUAUUCUUUUACAAAUGAACUUGAAAUUAGAAAAUGCUCGCGGCCAAUGUUAUGAUGGAGCUGCAUCCAUGGCUGGUCACAGAUCUGGAGUUGCUACCCAAAUCAAAUCGUUGAAUGAAAAAUGUUUGUACACACACUGUUACGGACAUGCUUUGAAUUUAGCUGUUGGCGAUGUGAUAAAAGAAAUCCCUGAACUUAAAGAAGCGUUUGGAACUGCCUAUGAAAUAUGUAAACUUGUCAAAAAAUCGCCAAAGAGAGACACAAUUAAAGAAUAUCAGAGAAGCAACAGGAAAUGA